CUGGAAAAAUACCUUUUAAACUCUGAUAAAGGUGAUAUUUUUACUCUAAAAACCAAAGACUGGGUAGAUAAAGAUUCAAAUAAGUAUUUUUUCGACAUGGGAGUUGUUUUGGCUCGAGUUUUGUUGUGUAUUCUGAUGUUAGUAGAAAGGAAGUUGUGGCUAACCUCGUGCUCAGCACACUGUUCGUGUUACACGUUUCAUGAUACGAACAGAAACCGCUGGAUAGAAAGCAACCAAGACUGCGAAACCAGAAAUGGGACAUUGGUAUCCAUGGAAACAGAAGAUGAAUGGAACUUUAUAACGAGUGAGAUACAGAAAAUAAAUUCUACAGCAAAUGAACACAACGAAUGGCUUAUAGGAUUAACCAUUGCCAGGAAAGAAUUGGAAAAGUGCAAUUCAUUAGAGGAAAAACGAAAAGCAGGUUGGAGUUGGGCAAGUGGACAAAAACUGACGAUUUUCAGCAAAUGGCAGCCUGGCGAGCCAAAUAAUAGGGGCGGUUAUGAUCAAUAUUGUGUUGCAAUAGCUAAAAAUCAUCCAAAGGGCAAUUAUGGACUUAUCAAAGACGUGAAUUGUGCUUCUACAUUUCCCUACAUUUGUGAAUACGAUGCAGCGACUAAAGUCAAUUCAAGACUCAAUCCAGUUUGCUGGAGUAAUUCAUCAAGCAAGAUUCGUUUGACAUCUUGCUCUCAAGUCAUCCCGCCCACAACUGGUAAGAUUCAGGCCAAAACAACUCGCCCAAUACAGACAACACAACAAAAUAACAUGCAACCAACGACAAUAAUGAUAACUACAACAAUGAGCUCACAAGCUCCAGUCUCAACUAUGAAAUCAAAAACGACGACGAAAUCACCAAGUGACACGCUCAAACAAACAGAAAAAUAUCCGUCUUAUGUAUUCAUCAUUAUCAUAGUGCUUGCUGUUCUAGUGAUAAUCCUAAUCGUUAUAUUCAUUGCUUUUUGCUGUUGGAUGAGAAAGAAAAAAGGUAAAUCGUCGUUUGAAGAAAGAUCAUCACUCAAGACAACCGUGGUUCAAAACAAUCUAUCCAGUGGACACUCUGUGACUAAGGUCGACGAAUCAUCGCACACAGUCCCCGACCCUGUCAUUUACGCAGAGGUCAAUGAAAAAACCGCACCCCACCCUACCCCUGCAUAUAGUAAUGCACAAGAAUACAUGGAACCUAUUGACAGUCUUCCAUCGUCACCAACUCAAACAGUAACGUACUCGACUAUCGAUGAUAGUAAUACACAGCAUAUUGCGCGCGGUGGAAGUCAAAGCAAACCAGAUGAAACUACAACAACAACAGAAGGUAGUUACGAAGCUAUACCCAAUAAUGGCCCUAACCCUGGAGCUAUUUAUGCAUCUAUGUACGCAGUUGUGGAAAAGCUUGAAAACAGAAAAGAAAAUGAAAUGGGAGAUGCUCUGAAAACAGAUAAUAAGAAUCUCCAAGAAGAAGCGAAAAUACAGCUCGCCARCGAUGGAUCUGCUCAGCAAAAUCACGUGGUAACAGCCGUGUACGCUGUCGUUGAUAAAUCUAAAAAAACAAAAGGGAAAACGACGGCAGGAGAUACCAUGGCAACACAUAUGAACAAUCUACAAGACGAGGAAAAGGCACAAACUCCUAACGAUGCAUCUGCUCUGAAGAGUCCUACUGAAGUUGCAGCCAUGUACGCAGUUGUUGAUAAGUCCAAAAAAUCAAAAAGAGGAAAAAAGGCAGGAGUUUCUAUAGCAACCAGUGGUACCGUAGAUCAAAACGAGGUUGUCGAUCAUCCAAACAAAGCAUCUUCCAGUCAAAAUCCCCCCGGACUUCCAGGGAUAUAUGAACCUGUAGAUGACCAUGUAGAAUAGAAAGAAAGAAAAGCUGGGGUUGACUUACAAAUCGAGGAUUUUCAGCAAACCAARGGUUAUGGCAACAAUGAAAUACUCAAUCUUUAUGAUGAGGUUGAUGAUAAUAUGAAGAUGAAAUAAGAAAUAUGACUCCGUUUUCUGUAGAAAAACAAAAAAGAACAAGAAUAUAGAAAUGUUUUGGCUUAAUUUUUGUAAUGUUUUGACCGUAAGUGCAAUCUAUGAUUCAGUAGUAUUCGYACAUGUAUGUAAUUCAUUCGAUUUUUAAGAGGCAAUUAAUACAUAAGUUGCGCGAUCUCUUAGAAUAGACUCGUGCGAUUUCAAACUAUUUUCAAUGUCUUCUAUACUACUCACAGAUCUCUUGCGUUUAAUAAAAGAAUAUAUUAUGUUGCAUGGUUUCACAGUGUAAAAGAGAUCGCUAGAAGGUUUUUUUUAUUAGAUAAAACGUACACCACACCAAGUUAAAAUGAAUAAUAUGAAACUUCUAUCAUUAAUAACAGAAUAAUGGGAAUUUCUAUAUAUUUUAAGAUAUUAUAUUUUGCAUUCAAGUCCUUUUUGUGACAGCUUAUAAAGAAAUAAACUCUCUUUUUUUGUCGUUUAACUUCAGAUCAUUGUUUACACACAUGUUUAGUCUAUUAUUGUUGAAGCAGAAGACAAUCAAGUGUAUUUUAAAACGAUAUAAUUUCCAUAAACCUCAGUACAGUUGAAACUGAGCUUCAUAAUAAAUCAAUAAACAUUUUGAUUUUUAACAGUCAAAAUAUAUAUAUGUGAGUCAUUUGGCAUCUUCUUAUUGARGU